AUUCGGACUGCCGUUGAUGCACGCGCUCGUAUCAGCUGACGGACGUUUUGCCACGCGACUUGUUUCCGAUUUUUAAUUUUUCCGUGAUUCUGUGAUAAGUGACCAUGGAUCAUUCUUUGUCGCAGAACCCCCCAUUACAUUGGGGAUACUCGUCUUCCAACACUGCUUCCUCUUGGCAGCCGGUCAACAGAGGCGUUAAAAGACCUCUUUCGGAAAGUGAUUGUGAUGAUGCCUACUCGGAGGAGUCUUCCAAAGACCAAUGUACUUCGCCUGGUGAUACUGAUAGUUGUCAGAUGUUGUCACGGAAAAAACGAAGAGGUGUCAUAGAGAAAAAGCGACGUGAUCGCAUCAACAUGUCAUUAUCCGAACUCAAGAGACUCGUUCCAAGUGCCUUCGAGAAGCAGGGCUCCGCCAAGCUGGAGAAAGCGGAAAUCCUGCAGAUGACGGUCGAUCAUCUAAAAAUGCUUCAUGCUAAAGGAUUAGAUUCCUUCGCAUUUGACCCGCACAAAUAUGCUGUAGACUACCAUGGGAUGGGGUUUAGAGAAUGUCUGGCGGAAGUGAGCCGGUACCUUGAGAGAAUUGAAGGAAUGGACGCUCAAAACCCAAUGAGGUUGAGACUGACUUCGCAUCUACAGUGCUGUGCAGCACAAAAGGAAUUGGCUUUGAAACAAGCAGCUACAGCUCCUUGGACUUAUGGAGGCUCACAAGCUUACUCAACUCCGUUGAAUUCGCUUUCGUCUCCCAACCACCCCUCGUUAAAUACGCAUCAGCCCUUGCCACCCCCGCUUCAUCACCAAAAUAUGCACCACGAUUUGGGGCAUUAUGAUGUUUCAACCUCGUGUGCGCAAAGUAUAACUCCAGUGCCUUCAACGGAUACGAGCCGAUUAGCACCUCCUUCGACCUCACUUUUAACACCGCUGACUACUACGACGUCUUCAGCUUUAGCUUACAGCCCUCACCACCAAUAUCCUCCACCAGUAAACUCGUUUGGAAUACCUCCAUCAUCUAGUCACCACCAGAAUUACAACCAAAGUAUUCCAACUUCGCAAGGGAUGAAGCCCUACCGGCCUUGGGGGGCAGAAGUUGCUUAUUGACCAAACGGUUGAAACUGAGUGAACAAUUGAUUUUAAUGUGUCCCGCCUCCAGUGCCUAAUGCAUACCCUCCAGGCUCUCUUAAUCAUAGAUUAAAGGUUGUGAUAUUAAAUAUACCUAGUUGCUAUAUUCAAGAUAGCAAUCACUGUCAACAAUUUCUGGUCAAAAGUGAUAAGCACUGUAGGUUUUAGUCAUUUGCGGUACCUACUUAAACUAACUUAUUUUUUGUACAUAGCUAAGUGUAAAGCAGAGUGUCGAAGGGCAAUGUAUUUUUAUAUAAACUUAUGACGGUUUCACGAUCCGCGAAAUGUAUGUGAUUUUUUUAAUACAAAGUGAAAUAAAUAUUUAUUUUUUA